CAUUAUAGUGCACCCUGGAGAGGUGUAAGACAGAAGAAUUUACUGCAUGGAAGUUUCAUUGUUUUUAUAUAAUGGAAACCUAUAAAAAUCCCAAAGAACAAGACCAAAACACAUUUGUGGACCUGUUUCAGGAAUCGUCUGAUACAAUCACUCAACAGAAAAUUUGUAAUAGACACACCCAGAGUCAGGUAGAACUCCCUAAAAGGACAAGUGGGUAUUCUCAGAAGUAUAUCGGCAUAUUGUGUUUAAUGUUGGGAUGUGUUAUUAUAUCAGUUGUCAUCGCUAGCGUUAUCAGCACGAAGCUCCUACUACAAAAUCUACCCUCAGCAGUAGAACAACAAUUAAGUAAAGAGGAGUUUUUGGAACAAAUCCACGUAGACACUUCUAACGGUGAAUUGAAAGAUCUUAUGGACAGCUUAAAAAGCAUCGUUAGAGCAGAUAUGGAGAACCUUUUAAAUAAGACAAAGAUGCAUAUCGAACUGCUUCUACAAGCUUCACAAAACAAAUCCGAUUUCAAUGUUUGGAAAGAGGAAAUAAAGGAAGAUUUUAAUAGAUUAUUUCAAGCAAAAAGAUGCAAGACAAGCUGUCUUGACCAAGUGGAUGGAGAUUAUCAGUCUUGUUAUACUUGUGAAGGAUUUAUUACAUGUUUAAAUGGUAUUUUAAGAACACGAAUUUGCGCUCAACCGGAUAGCUACCCGAGAAUUUAUUGGGAUGAUGUCGAAAAGAAAUGCCUUUAUACCUCAAAAACCUGUGAUUCAUCUUAUACUCUUUCUGAAGAUCGAAAUAAGUAGAUGUUCAUUUGAUAGAAUAUAUAUAAAUAUACAUAAGAGUAUAUCCAAACUAAUAAAGAGUACG